CCUAUAGUUCAUCUCCAAAGCAACAGCUCUCUAGUGCGUGAAAUAAAUAAAAUAAUUAACUGAUUGACUGAUUGACAUCAUGAGCUCUAUAAAUAAUUAUGGAUAUGAACCUAACAGCAGCCAAAUAAUAUAUCAAAAUCUAGACAGCACAGACCAACAGUCUCUUAAAAAUUUAAUAGCGGAGUUGACGAUGGAAGUUCGGGCUUUAAAGACAGAAGUGAAGGAGCUAAAGGAAGAAAACAAAAUAAAUUUGUUGAAGCUGACAGAGGAAGUUAUUGCGGUCAAAUUGGAAAAAAGGGGAAAACCCUCAGAAAGUCAAAGCCCACAAUUCGACCAACUACCAUUUUACCAUAAGAAGGAUCUUGACGAUUUCGAAGCACAGCUUUUACAAAAGCCAGAGUUGUUCGAGAAAUUUAAACUAUAUAUUAAGAAGACUGGGGGUGAAGCGUCAACCCCUUUUCUAAGAGCAGCAAUCAGGCGUAUUUUUUCAGGCGAGUUGGCAAUGUCUUUUUCGUGGAGGGGCACGGCAGAUAAGCCAAGCGCGGAAAAAUGUUUAGUUACAACAAUAAUAAAAAAUAUUUGUCAUGAAAUGUUUCAAGUGGACGAAAAAGCCGUUAGAUCAACGCUACAAAAACAUUUCGUUUAUGCAAACGAAAGAGUAAAAAAACGCCGUCUACCUUUGUCUGAAAAUAAAUUAAUGUUUUGAGCUGUAAGGAAAACAUGU